ACAGCUACACCACUACACCAAUCACUCCUCCACUCCUCCACUCCACAACUACACCACUUCACCACUCACUCACGCCUGAAGAGACCAGCGCAGCUCGCGUGCACGCACGCAAGCACUUGCUCAUUGAGCUGAAUCAUUUUCAAACUGACAUUAUUGUCUGGAGAUCUUACAUUCUAUAAUGCUGAAUAUUUUAAUCAUAAUAAAAUAAAGUUUCAUUACAAAUCAAAAUGUGACGAAUCUUACAUUUUUAAAUGGCGAAAUAAAGUUUUUAUUCAGGUGAUAUUGUUUCCACUCUGAGGAUUAUUUUUUUUCUUCUCUAAAUCUAAGAGAACUAUUUAAACAGAUUCUUCCAAUACUUUCUUCAAUUUGGACAAAAUAGGUAAGCCAGUAUGGUGCACCUGUCUACGUGUUCCUUAUUUCUGUACACGGUGUAUCAUGUGAUAACCAGGGACCAUCUUGUGGACGGAAAUUCAAAGUUUAAGUCAAAGUUUUUUAAGUCGUUUCCAGGAAUAUCUGUCACUUCCCCCGGAGGUAUGGCUCGCCGUGCUUCUUCAAUUCUUCAGUGUGCGUCUUACUGUGCCAUCCGCUCCACGUGCAACGGACACAGACUGGCAGAUGGUGUUUCGAGCCACCCGAGGCAUUGGCGUCAGGGCCUACGAUCAUUGGAUGAAUUCCAGUUACCAUGACGACAACUUUGACCUUGCUUCCUCCAUUCCGAUUGGCUGUCUAACCGUUGACACUUCCCUCCCCUGUGACCGACACUUCCGGACCAGGGCACUGGACGAGUGGAAGGACGUGAAAUAUAGACGUGGUAAUGGACCGCCGUUUCUACAUCAGCAUGCUCUACGACAGCUGUCCUAAGGACCUGGGCUGGAUAUUGGUGGCAGACGGCAGAAGUGACCCAGGCUGCAGUUAUGAGAACUCCAGCAUCAGCGCAUACCCACAGUUCCUGUACUGUGAAGGCCAGAGCCACUGUUUGACAGAAAAUAGUGCCAAGUACGCAGACGUGUUCGCGGUGUUCAUCAAGACCAGCACGUGAGGCGACAGGGGAGACAAUCCACGACUCCCAAGUCCUGGUCUCCAACAACCAGUCUGUGAUCAACAGCUUACUUUGUCAUAGUAAAAUAAACUGUUAUUUUCGUUUUUCA